AUGAAAAACCACCUGAAUUAUGAAAAAGAUAAAGAAAGCAGAGAGCCAUGUUAUGACGAAUACAACAACGAGAAUUUGCUACAUCUGGAGAAAGAGCCUAACCCAAAUAAUGGAAUGCACAUGUUGAAACGGGUUCGUGGUAAACGCUGGAAAGAUGAACGCACGUACAGCUCGUAUGAUACAUUCCCCUACGGGGGAAUCUUCUACCAUGACCUAAUUGUAAAGGAUGUGAUAAAGUAUUGUUUCAAGCGGGGAGGCGACUACUUGGAUGGGCACUCACAUAGCUAUCCAUUGACUCAGACUGCGACGCAAUCGCUAGACCCGGCGGCAACCCCCGGACCACCCGGAUACGUUUAUCUCGGCGCAGGCAUACUGAAGGCGCCGCAAAGGAAGAAGCAUAGGGAAAAGAACAGGAUGGUUUUUAUAUUUUGCCUUAACGAGGCGGUACUCAAAAGGGGCGGCGAAAGAACCCGGAGCAGUGAGGGUGCCGCCCAACGUGAGAGGUGCGCACACGGCAUAGGCAGUCCCGCAGACGAUAGCAGAGAUAGCCAAAUGGCAGAAGUAGCGACAAACGUAGCGAAAAACGUAGCGAAAAACGUAGCGACAAACGUAGCGAAAGAAGUAGCGGCAAAAGGGGGAACGCAUCGGCGGAGAAGGAGGCAGAAGGAGGACAACCGACUUCGAGAUAUAGAUGACAUUCUGAAUGGAAGAAGCACCCAUCAGAACCCGUUUAUAAAAACCAAGACAUCCCUCCUAUGGGAAAAUGUUAAGGACAGGGAGGGGGGGAUGUGCACAGAUGUCAACAGGGACAAAAGAAACCUUAGCUUUGAGUCCUUCUAUCGGGAUUCUGCAUUUACGCCUUCCCCGAGGGGGAGUAAGACGAUUGGAGGGGGAACCAAUCUUCGCAUUGUCUGUGACGACGACAUUAUAGGCGAUCCUAGUGACAGUCGUAGCGACGUGAACUCUUACCGAUCUUCCGAUCACUCCACCGAGGGGUAUUCCCCCGGAUAUACGGAAAAUUCCACUGAUGAAAGCUCCUCCGACAGUUCGGAAAGUACUACUAGUUCGGAAGACGACACGGAGGAAGGCUCCACCAGAAGUAGUGAUAACGGUGGACACGUUCGCCACGCACGCCUCACCUACCAUCGACGAAGGAGAAAUGUUUACAGCGACCGAAGCAGCGUCUUCAUGUUAAGUGUGUUGCACCAUCAGGAACAAGUGUAUUCAGUUAAGUGGAAGGAGACACAAAACGACCCCUUCUGUAUCGCCACCUCCAUAUGCCUUGAUGGAUAUCUGUACAUCUGGAGGGAAAACACCAACAGCCAGAACAAACUAACCUUUGAAUCCGUGUGUAGAGUUUAUAUCCCCUCGUUUGAUAGAAUGUUUAGAUGCGUCAAGUGGUGUUGGGUAGACAAAGAUACAGCUAGCCAAGAUUACUAUUGUUUUUGGAGCAACAACAAAAAUGCAAACAUAGGAACGAAUGAAUACUUUAUUGUGUAUGCCUCUCGAAACGAAUUAUCUACAAAUAAAGUAGGCAGAAGUGGUGUCCCCCCCGGGUAUGAGAAACGGGAAAAAUCCAUUUCCUCCGUAUUUUCCAUCUAUGCCAUUUUCAACAUACACAGACACGACGCCUAUGUGAAAAAUAUCCUUAACUACGAAAGCAUUCCCAUAAACAUCAACUACCAAUACGUGCUCCAGGCAAAGAUGAAAUAUGGGUUGCUUAACACAUCUCUCAUUUCAGUUUACACAGAUGAUACCUUCCUCCCGGAGAAUGAGUAUCACGUGAAGUAUGGGCAGUGGAAGAUAAAAAAAAUAUGCCCCCUCAAGGAUGCGCUCUUUCUGCAGAGGAGUAGCGCCCAUAGUGGUGUGACACGCGAAUUCAUUCGGUGGGACCACGUAGACGGGACCGACUGUUCACUCUCCUCCAGUGGGAGUGGUUCCAACGUAGGUCACAGCACAGAUCACAGCCAAGACGAUAGAAUCUAUUACGACCAUUGUGAUCGAGACUAUUAUCAUGGUGAUAACCCCGAUGCGAAACACAAUGGAAGGAAAACACCAAUUUGGAGAAGACCCCCCAGAUGCAGGGACAAGAAAAAAAAAAACGACUUCCUAAUUUUUAGGAAGCUUUUCAGUACGGUCAACAAUUUGAUGCCUCCAUUUGCUCUCACCAUCUCCACCUACAACGGAGAUGUAUACAGAAUUAUAAUCAAACCAAGUGAUAUAUGGAUUAAAAAAAAAAAAAGUAUCAGUGUAAGGUACAUGCUACAGUACAGAACAUGCGAACCAUCUCCCAAAUUGGAAAAAAAAAAAAAAAAUAUAUCGAAUAAAAGACAAGACGAUGAACCAAUCCUUCAAGAAAAUUGCACAAUACAUCUUAACGUCAACCACAAUGUCGUCCUAGUGCAGGAUGAGAGAAACGGGAAAUUGUAUCUAUACAACUUUCACAUGGGAGUUAGAAACAGAAGUAAUUUGUUCGAUGAGGCUCCCAUCAAAAAGGAGGGACCCGACAUGGUCUGGGAAUCCUCUUCUCUAUGGAAUGAAGCGGAUAUAUCCUCUAGGUAUUGUUUGCAGCAAGGGAAUCAUCCAGGUGGAAGCAGGCAAACCCAAGAUGGUCGGUACUCAUUAGAAAGGAUUCAUAACGAUGAUAGCAUGACCCCACUGGAUGAUGCCACACAUCGGAGCGGAACCAACAGAUGCGUUAAUAAACUAAGGAAGGAAGAGAAAACGAGGAAUGUUUUCUCAUCGGAUGUUUCCAAAAUGGAGGGUAUCUCAGAAGUAGAACAUAGUAAACAGAAGACACGGAAGAAUUACGAUUUGCGUAAAGAUGCUUGGAUAGAAUCAGCCAUGAAAAAAAAGAGAAGAACAUUCACCCCUAUAUGUUGUCUAAACAGUAUGUACAUUGACCGGUACUACAUGUUGAAGUACAAGGGAAGUGAUACCCUCAGGAGGAAGGCUCAUUUUAUUUAUUCAUACUCGUAUCAGAUGUGUAGAAUUUAUGAAGAAAUGAAGAAGAACCCACACUUGUGCAUGUCAACUAGCCAAUUUUUAGAAAAAAAAAAUACCAUUCCUUUGGUUUACAAAAGCGCAGUUAUGGAUUCAGUUGAUUCAUUUUUCAUACUCAUGUGUGUGGAUAAAAAUAGGGAGUUUAUCUUCGCCCUCAAAUCGCAGACACGGGACGUUGUGCAUAGUUCGAAGAUGUUGUGUAUUUUUGAUGAUAGCUCUCCACUAUUUGGCCUGCAAGGCAAUCCCUCCACUCCGAACGAACAGAAUAACAAUAUCUACCUGAACAAAGCGCAGGAGGAUAUUUACAAAGAAGAAGGGGUAUCUUGCAUGGUAACUGGACACGAGAUAAUUGACUUACGCUUACAUACUAAAAACGGCCAGAACUAUCUAUUCCUAAUUAUUAAGUAUAGCUACAUCAGCUCCGAGAAAGGAAUCAAACACGCUCACCUAGUUACCCUCUCUACAGUAAACAUUCAAAAGGAGAGUUUUAUUUAUAUAAACUUAGACCUGAAUCAGAUGUUUACCUUUUUUCAUUCGAUAGAGGAGAAAUUAUUAUUCUCCUACAUUCACGUCUCUUACCAAGGAAAGUUUAUUGUCGCCACGAAUCACUCUCUAUGUGGAAGGAAGACCAAUUCUAUUCAACUGGAGAAAACAACUUACACUGUGAACUCGCAAAAUGGGGAUUCGAUCCAUAUGAGUAACUGCGCACUGGUAGAGAGGAAGCCACAGGGAAGUGAAGAUGACAUUGCUUUCUUCCCCCCCGAAGAAGAUCUCCUCACCGUUAGGAAGGGAUUCAUGCACAUUGGAAACUCCCCCUGGGAGGAGAGACAAUACGUGUUCCUACUGGAUGAUGAGGACACCAAGGAAGAAGGGCAGAACAGGCAUAACAGUUUAUUACCCCCAAAGGAAGAACCCCUAACCUAUGAGGAGUGCCUGACCAGGAUGGAAGACAAAUCAUUACGCUCCAACCAAGUGGUGAACCUUUACCUCCUCUGCACAGAAGACCGAUCCAUCACGCAUUCUGUUCAGAUUAGGAAUGUGCCCGAUCUCGUCGACAUAGUCAUCCACGAAAGUUAUCUCGUCCUACUCACAAAGACGAAAAUACAAGUAAUGAAUCUCAUGACAAUGUGUAAUGACCUAAUCCGCAUGGAAGAGAUUAAAAUGGAAGAUGUACCUCUUUACUUGGAGAAGACAAAUAUCGUAAACUUCGUUUCGAUACCCUUACCGAAAAUCUUCGCAGAUAAAAAAACAAAAUUGUGUAUGACUUGUUCAGGUGAAAAAAAUACACAUUUUAUUGUAGCCAGUUUUUUGAUCAAUUUAAAGCAAUCCAAACUAAAGAAACAUCGUAGAAGAAAAAAAAAAUGGAGUGGCAAGGCAACCCAUCAAUUGUUGGCACAUAGAAAAUAUUAUAUCUCCGUGGUUCUGUUCUGUGACACAUCGAAUGGCAAUGAGUGGAAGGUUUUAAAUUAUGAGAGAAACCCCUUCCUCCGGUCCAAGCAGAUGUUCUUGUUUGAAAAUAACUUGUUCCUACUAGGUGGGGCGCAGAAGAGGAACUUCGUUUUGGAACCGAACCGGAGGAAACUGCCCAACACCCGAGCCUCCAGUUCCUCCACCCGGAGGAAAUGCCCCGACGAACACAAAAUAUCCCGACGCAAAAUCAACCUGUGCAAAGAACUGAAGAAAUACAAAAGACGAGGAGAACGACAUAUCCAAGGAGAAAAAGGCAAUGCAGGGGCUCAGCCCACCAGGAAGAGACAUCAAGUGUUUUAUCAUCCGAUCGGAUUGUUACACUACAUAAAGAUGGGUCUCUUUUCUCAUGUCUUUAUAGCAUUGAAAUUGCUCCUGAAUCUUCUGCUCAACAAAUUCUAUACUUAUGUAGACGGAAACAAAGUUAGAAGUAACAUCUCCGGGGAGGGGGGUUCUAUCAAGAAGAAUUGCGCUUUGCAUGUCCUACUGGAAAACGAUAAUAUGAGGAAGUUAGUACAGGAAAACUUUGGAGAUAUAUGCACUGUACAGAAAUGUCAGUUCCUUUUUAACUUAAAUUUUUUGAUCACUGAAAUGGAUAUGUUUAGACAGAAUGCGCAAGGCAUGGGUGAUGGUAUCUGUGGAGGAGACGCACAAGGGAAGGAACAAGGGAAGGAGAAUCUCCCUCUACAAGGGUGGAAUCAUAAUGGGGAUGUGGGGGGACAGAAGGAUAAAUCCAUGUACCUCUUCGAAGUCGAGUCUGUGUCGUUGGACGAUUUUAAUCUAAACUCUGAUGAGGAGGAAUCUGCCUCGUCGAAGAAGGGUAAGGAGGAAAAGGAUGUCCCCACCCCGUCGCCACGUUCCGAUGGAAGCCAGAGCACUGGUCGAAGUGGUAGUAUCCAUGGGAGCGAGUGCAGCGAUGGAAGUGAAGACCAAGUGGAGCAGAUGCAGAGGAACUUCAAGUCACAUCUCAAGAACUCCAGCGUGAAAAACUAUCAAUUGACGAUCGAAGAAGUGAAGAUUCUGCAGAUCCUGCUCCUCCAUGUGAACGUUCCCUACUUGAGAGCCUUCGAUCAGCUCCUCCUCUUUUGUAUGCUGAACGCAUUCUGCGUCAAUGUGGGGGCUCCCCCUGGGGAUGGUAAACCCAGCUACAGUGACAGUGACCGGAACAGUGAGAGUGAGAGUGUGCGAAGCAGUGGAAGUAAUCUCUUAAUGAGUAGUCACCCAUCGGAAGACUCCUCUGCACAAGCGGAAGGAAACACCUCCAAACAAUCGUGCAGAUGCUACUGUGAACACUUCGGUCUGCAUUUCCAGAAGGAACUCAUGAAGACUGAGAACAUGUACCUGUACGACCAUGUGUGUAGGAGUGAAGAGCAGGGAGGGCAAUCCAACGGAAGCAUCAUGACCCAAGUGAUACUCUUUUUUUAUCGCCUCUACAUCAAUUGCUUCCUCUUCCUAAACGUAACCUUGGAAAUUCACCACCAGUAUGCCUACCUCCUUUAUUUUGUGCGUGCAAAUGUUGCCGUCGAGCUGAGCAGUUAUCUGGAGAAUCUGAUAACUCACUACAACUACUCCUUUCGCUUUCCCAUUAGCAACUGUGACUUGAGCAGCGUCGACCUGUUCGACAUGAGUGGCACUGAAAGAGAUGGUCAAUUGCGUGGGAGACGCAGUUCCCACAUCGAUAAAGGUUUACAUACCAACCCAUGGGAAGAUGAUAGAGUAUCAUCCCAUGGUCGUCUCGUACAAUGGAUACGAAAACAGAAUGCGCCACCACAAGUAGAGCUGAAUGAUGUAUUAGUUGAAAAAAUGAACAAGUUCAAAUUGAUGGAAGAGGAAGUGGAGAAGUUCUCUUUUUUCUUCCCAUUGAGAUGUAUGAAGUUGUAUUAUGUACUGCACGAUAGAGACAACAUAUUUUUCCUGCACGAGAUCCUAACAAAUAGAACUAUAAAAAAAUUGAACAGUCUCAAUGUGGAAGAUAAGGAGAAACAGAAUGAAGUGAAUUCAUGUCUCGACUUCCUUGCAUUGUUAUACUUAGCAAAAAACGAGAAACAGAAACUCAUGAUGUUGUAUAAGGUGAAGAAGCAACAGAAGAUUUUAGAAUUCCUUUCUAAUGAUUUCUCCGUGGAAAGAUGGAAGAAUGCACUGAUGAAUAAUGCGUACAAAUUAAUGCAGAUAAAAAGGUACUACCUUGCCAUAGCUUUUUUCAUCCUUCGUGGGGAUAUUAAGGAUGUGAUCGAUGUAGCUCAUCAAUAUUUAGAGGAUCCGCAAUUAAGUGUCUUCCUUAUUAGAGUCGUUUAUUUUUCCUACGUUCAGAAGGGGCAAUAUUUGGGAGGGGAAAAUAGCCUCUCCGUGCCCACAGCGUGUUUCCCUUUAGGGGGAAGUGGUAGCCUGCUGGAGGACUCCAGCGGAGUCGGUGAUAUGAGCGAAAUGGGGGGUGCAUCUGGUAGAGAAGUCGAAGAGGAACUGAACAAGAACACGAAGGAAAUUAACAACAAGAAGGAAAUUAACAACACGAAGGAAAUUAACAACAACACGAAGGAAAUUAACAACAACACGAAGGAAAUUAACAACUACCCGAAGGAAAUUAACAACUACCCGAAGGAACUAAACAGCAGCAUCAAUGAACCGCGGGAUUUCGUGCAGGAACAUCUGAACUACAUUUUUGCAAAGAAGCUCAAGUCGUACCCCGAUGAUGGGGAUCAAGGUAGGUACCACCUUGAGGAGAGGAACUACCAGGAUAUGAUGAAGAACAUCCUUCUAGGGAAUUACCGAGAGGUGUACUCCAAAAGUAAACAACCGAAGAGGUACCAUUUUCUCCUUCUCCUGUUGAAAAAUGUAAUUGUGCGUAAAAUAAGAAGACAGGCGACAGCACAGGGGGAUGCACUGAGGAUGCCUAUUCUGUGUGGACAAGGACAAGGUGAAUGCCAAAUAAACGAAGAUGAACAAUGCGACUGCACAUUUAGGAUGAGUAAAACUCAGUGCUACUUCAGCUCCCUCUACUUUGCCUCAAAACAAAUGAGCAACCUAUCCUUCAUUUUCCUGUUCAUAUUUUUUCACAACACCGAGAAAGACGAAGAAUUGAUGCUCCUGCACGACAGACUCAAAUUUUUCCUCUGUCUCUCCUCCGAAAAUUACUUAGAAACCUUUCUGGGUGCAAAUAAAUACUUGUUUAAUAUUAUUUUUUCUUCCUCCUGUGAGAGUAGGGUAGGAAACGGCGAUCGAGUGGACAAAGACAACUCCGUCGACUUCACAGAAUCCUUGAAGCUCUUCGCGAAUCUGGUGCAUUCGCUCUUUCAGUGCCUCAACGGGGGAGGUAGCACCGAAGACCAAAGCGCACGCGGUGCCCUACACCGCCACCUGCACGGUAAUUUUCACAGUGACCUCCAUGGUACUGUACACUCUGAAGCAAAUUGUAACACACUUGACGACAUGUAUAGCGACCAACACUGUGGCGUGGUUGAACCCGCACCGGCCAUCCUGUACCUGUUGAAGAAACUGAGGGAGAUCAGAACGAAGAACGGUUGCUCGAGGAAGCGCAAUCUGAACCACUUCCUAAUCAGCCUACUGCGAAAGAUAAAUAGCAUGCACGGUGGGCAUAACAUGCAUCGUGGGCAGAGUAAUCAGCUACAUGUCCACACAGACAAUAUCCACCAUUACAUGCGUUACGAAGUUGCAAAGAACAAAAUGAGAUAUUCAAAUUCCAGUGCAAUACCCAAUCAAUACGUUUCCUUAAACAAGUACAACAACCUCCUGACCUACUUAUUUUUUCAUUUCUUUACCCUAAGCAUUGUACAAGAAGCACAGAGCGAAGAUGUUAUUAGAUUCGUCCUGAAUAGCAUCCUCCCAAUUCUCUUUAUUUAUGUAAAUGACAUCGUUAGUGUUUUGUUUAAUUUUGUAAAAAAUAGAAACUACGAAUCAUCUACUGUACAUGACCCGGUGUCGGUUCUGCAAAAUUCGGUGGCGUCUAUGGACGACCCUGUGUCCACCCUCCGUGAACCGUUGUCCGCCCUGCACGCUCCGUAUCUGCAGCUUGUCAUUUUGCGCGUGGGCCUUCGCAACUGUUUCUCUGGAAGAGGAAAGGAAGAAACACAUGUGUCCAUAAGUCUUGAGAAAAAAUCAAAGGCAGAUUCGAGCCACCUGUGUGAACCAAGCACUGAGGAAGGAGGGAGAAUGACAAAGCAACAGCUAUGCAAGGAAGAAGGAAACACCCAUAAUGUCCACAUCAAGGUUGAUCGAAAGUUUUUUUCCUACCACAUUCACCUGCUAGAUCUUUUCCUAUGCUACCUAACCGUUCUGAUAACAUGCCUGCUCAUGCUAGACACCCACUACGACUUCUUUAACCAUGGAGAGAUCUGCAUAGAUAGACAGAACACACAAAGGAAUGGAAGAACUCGUCAAAGUAGAACCCGUAAAGGAAAACAUCUGAAAAAACUAUUCCUCAUCUUGCAUCUUCUACUGAAGAAAAUGAAAAAACUUAACUGGGCAAUUGAAAAUGUGUACAAGGGGAAAAGCCCCAUCAGCACUGCUGACCUUCUGGUUAAGUUUGUUAAGUAUGCUUACCUGAGUGGGAAUGAGAGAAAGCUCUCUCCAUGGUUGCACAUUAUCUGUGGUGAUAAUUCCCUCCAUACAAGGAAGAACAAGGGAAAAAAAAAAUAUAUCCAUAGCAAACAUGACCUAGGAACGCCCUCCAGCGAAGGCAUAGAUGUGAUUGUAACUCCAGUGGGAUCAAACCCACCUAUCAGGAGCAACCUUCAAAAUGAUAACAACAUGGAGCCACAGAUGAGUAUACGGUCAUGUGAAUACGUGCACAAGGGGGAACUUUCACCGACAGCGGCGGAGGCGAUGAACGUAGCGGACGCGACAGACGGGACAGACGGGACAGACGGGACAGAGGACCGACUCUUCGAGAAAUAUUGUAUCGUGAGCAUCUUCCUAUCCACCUUCGAACUGCUCAUUGGAAAUUUCCACAUCUUCGCGUACAAGGCGAACGUCUUCACGCCCCAGCUGCACCUGCGAGGGAGAUCCAGUCAUUCAGGAAAAGGAACCAACCCACAUGGCGUUCUUUCUACACACACACACAACAUGAAGUAUAGCCAUGCAAAUACGAAGAGCCAUAUCAACCCAUUCUACUACAACACAUGUAUUCUUCUCCACUUGGUAGAUAAUCUGUGCCAUUUGGUAAACAAGUUUCUCCUUUCAAGCAUGAAGGACCUACUGUACAAGUCGGCAUACAACAUUAAGAACACGCUACUCACCUUUCUCUCCUUCCCAUUUUUCUUCAACAAAGUUAAGACGGGAAAAAGGAAUCAUGUUCUCUGUGAGCACUUCAUAGAUUCGCAUAUCUCCCUCUUCUACAACAAAUCCCUUUACGCCAUAUGGAAGAUGAAUAGCUGCACCUAUAGAUCCUUUCUCCUUUUCUUUAACAAGACAUUCUACGAUUACAAUGAUUCCCUCAACGAUGUGGUGAGUGCCCACCGGGGAGGACAACAGGAGCAACAGGUCGAACAAGCCAAACAAGCCGAACAAGCCGAAAAGGUCGAAAGGGUCGAAAGGGUCGAAAGGGUCGAAAGGAUCGAACAAAUCGAACAAGCCGAAAGGGUCGAACAAGUCGAACAAGUCGGAUGCUUCACACAGAAUGAAACAUACAACCAGGCCCACCUCAGUGAAUACGCAAAAUUCCAUCGCCUUUACAAAGAGGGAUGUAGACUAACUGAACAGUACCAUCUGGUCAUUCCCACCUCAAACGUCGAAAAGGUAAACAUGGCCUGCAACCAAACUAACUUGCUUUUUAAGAGACCCAGAAGCUACGACCGUUUCUUUUCCUUUACCUCCAGAAUGAGCUUCUUGAAAAAUUUCAAAUUGGGUGCUAGGGGAAGUGGAACAAAUAAUCGGAAUGUCAAACGAAUGGACAAAGAAAGAAAAAAAAAAAACCUUGUGGUGAAAAGUGAAAACAGGAAAAGCACUCAGGAGGAGAUGGGAGAGUAUCGGCGCGUUAACUAUGAUAGCAUUGUUAAAAUGAAAAGAAACCUUUUGAGAUACGGGACGGCUAAGACGGAGGGAAGGAGCAGUCAGGACGAUAGCCAAGUGGAUGAAGAUGAGGAAGGCUGGAAUUACGCAAUAGGUGGUACGUCAGAAUGGAUGGGAUGCUCUAUGGAGCAGAACCUUGUGGGAGCUACACCUCGAUCGGUGCGUAGCAAGAGCAACCACAGCAGUGUUAAUGGCGCACUUGGCGCUGGCGAUCAGGUGCGUUCGAACACCUCGCGCAGAGACCACGGCAAAGCGACCCAUCCAAAGGAGAACAAGGGGCACCACCGUGGAUCCAAUCCAAGGAGCAACCACAAGGAAGGGAAAAAAGAGCACAACAAACUUCCACAUGUCAUCCCCCUGUCUUACCUAUUCAAGAACAUGAGUAACAGGCAUGUCAUUGAGCAGGGGAAAAUGAACAGCCACAAUAGCACCAUCCUUUAUAUACAUCGAAAAAAUAAAAUAAAAAAAAUAUGUAUUCUGGACCAUUUGAAGAAACUCAAUAAAAAGUGCAGAUUCAUUAAUUACAUUUCGCAUUACGAUUUGAAAGGAAAGAACCGGAGAACUUGCAGGGAUAGAAGUGGAACCGGAGAGAAAAAGCGGAAGAGUGCCAUCAGCUUAGGGGAGGAAAGCCUCACACAAGUUGUGCCGAGUACAGGGAGAAAGAACCUUCUCACAACAGAAUACACUGGUGGUGCGAAGGACGAUAAGGAUGGAAAAUCUCAUUUGAGAGGUGACCGUGGUAGCCGCAGCGUCGAAGUGGGCAUACUUUCCACCUCAAAUGGGGAGGAGCGCCCCUGGCAUAGCUACUCCAUCCAAGGAAAAGGAGCACCGAUCGGGAGAGAAAGAAACACGCCAAGUGAUCAAAUCUGCAAGGAGGCCAAUCAGGGAGAAAACGCGCGUGAAAGGCGCGAAGGAAGAGAGAAGGAAAGAACCCCCAGCGGUAGUAGCAGGUCUAACCUGGGGGAUGGCAACAGGGGAAGUGGUGAUGGAAGACAUGGUGACAGACGAUGUGGUGACGGGCGACAUGGUUCCAUACAACGUAAUCACCGCCGAAAUGAGAAAAUCUUCCUCGACAUUAACAUGAAUAAGCUGUUGUAUAUAUACAAGUGCAUGCACAUUCAGUGCAUGCACAACCUGACCCCCAUGUGCAGCUACCUGAGCAACUUGGUCCCAAACGACUGCAAUGUCACCAGCCUCUUCACCAAUUCCUACAACAACCAUUUCGUGAACAACCUAUUUUUUCACAAUCUGUUCUAUGUGUACGACAACACAAUGACUCUUCUGCUUAACUCGAACAACGCGGGGUCGAUAUUCUACGGGGGAGAGAGCCAAUCGGGAGGAAUAAUAGAGAGCAGUAAGAAGGGUAUAUUAAAGGAAGGUUAUACGUCUCACUUCUCAUCAUGUCAGGAGAUUAGUGCAUCCCCACGUGGUAGUCACCGAAGUGGAAACUCCUCUUCCCUUUUCCAUGGGUGGCAAGAAUGCAAUGGAACGAAGAAGAAGCUCCCGACAGAUGCUCACACAGAUGGUCACACAAAUGGUCACACAGAUGGCCACACAGAUUGUCACGCAACGAGUGAUUACGCAAACGUAGCAGCCGAAGCAUCCACGAGGGGUAAGGCCAAACGAGAAGACCAACUGCAAACAAAUGUAGCUAUCUCGACGACAGCACAGAAGUACAUCGAGACGGUCAUGCUUCUCCUCUACAAUAACGUAACGCUAAACGACGCGGACAAAAUUAUUACCACAAGGAAAGGGAAAGAGGAAAAAAAAAAAAAAAAUGAAUUCGAAUACCUCCAAGAGUACCUAGAGAGAAAUGCUAACACAUGCAUCAGGAGAAAAUAUGGAUUCAUUAAUCAGUUGUCAAAUAAAAAGGAGAAUUGUUUAAUUCUGAAAACAGGAGCCAUCAUUUCUCACCCCUUUCUCCCUGUCUAUGCACUCAUAAAUAUUAACCAUGAAAAAACUACAACAUCAGAACAACAAGAACAUUUGGAUAAAGGUCGAUUCCAGAUAAGGUUAUGUAGCUUCUCUGUGAAUUAUGAAAACAUUUGCUAUAGGUAUGGAAUCAUUUCUAGUGUGUCUUGGAGUUCAAAUGGAAAUCUCUUGAUGAUAUCCGAUGAGUGUGGGUAUCUAUAUAUAUAUAACAUAUUUUUAGGUGGCUUUGUAAACCGUAAGGAGGUUGUCAACGGUGUGGGUAAUGAUCCGAAUGGGUUGAACACUUCUGUGGGGAGAGCGUAUGGGCAUAGAAGGGAGAACAUGUCUGACAGGGGGGCCACAGCGGCAGGCGCUAGGGAAGGCGAACACGAUGACGGUCAUGGCCAUUAUCACAACGAUAGCCACUACGAUGGUCACUACGAUAGUCACUACGAUGGCCACUACGAUGGUCAAUACGAUAGCCAAUACGAUAGCUAUUAUGACGACUAUUAUGAUGACCAUUACGAUGAAUCCGAUGAGGGGUACUCCGAUUACCAUCCUUACGACCAUCAGUACGGCGAUGGCCCCAGGGGAAGUCGCGCGGACGCCCACUCAGACGAGGGCAACAAAGGUGAGCGCGCAGGGGAGGAAAUCCCCAACGGGGAUAAGUCAAACGGGGGUAAGCCGAGCGGGGGUAAGUCAAACGGGGAUAAGCCGAACGGGGGUAAGUCAAACGGCCAAGGCGCAGAGGAUGGACGGGAAGAAAGGAGCGGAAAAAGCACCCCCAAUGGUAAGAACAAAAAAAACGAGGAGCACAACGAAAGCGUCAACUUUGGAAGCAAGAUAAAGGAGGGAAACAAAAAAAUAAAAAACUUCUUUAAGGAUAAUUUUCUGAAGAACCAUAAGAAAAAGAACUCGGGCGAUGGAGGAGGGGAAAGAAAAGUGCGGAGACGACGGACAGCACCGUGGAGGAUGAGUAGACGGUGGAGGAAGGAGAGUUAUAUCAUAAGGGAAGCCAUGUGCGUGGUAAAACUACAUCAAGAUGUAAUAGACGUGAGGUCUAUGGACGACUCCACCUUUUACUUAGUUAGCAUCGGCAAGGGAGUGAGCCCCAACUCGGUGAGCAACCACACGGUCUUCAUCAACGCAGACUUUGCGAGGAUCGAUGAGCAUUUGAGGCGCACCCAAGAAGUUAGCGAGACGAAGGAUCAGCCUCACAAUGACCAGUUGCUAACCGAAGAAGGGAACACCCAGGAUCGCCCCAAUGAAACGCACAAGAGUGUAUCCAUUUCAAAGUUCGCUCUUCCCGAGUUUUUCCAGAGUGAUGUUCCUAAUGCGGAUAAGAAAGAACCUUUCUCACCACAGGAACGAGAAGAGAAAAAAAAAAAAAAAAAUCGUCAGGAUGAAGCAAACAUGAUCCAGAAAAAUAAAAUGAAUAAUAUAGAUGCGUUCUUCAACCUACACGUAUUCAAAAAGAAAAAGACCUACUUCAAAUCCUCCUUCUUCCACUUCGAUGCUCAUAAUUCUAUGUUUUUUAAGAGUAACAAAAAGUUGCGGAAUAUUGAGGACCUCGCAGACACUGUGUGUCUCUGUGUUUGGGAUUUGUGCUCUAUUUUGACUAACGAGGAAAAGAAGUUCUUAAAGGGGAAGAUACCCGUUGGAGCUUCUGACAUGGGUCCCAAUUCUCACAAUGAAAACGGAGUAACAGCGGCCACUAUCAGCGGAAGUAACAACAACAGUAGCAACCUCAUCAACCAGAGCAACUUUAACAACCAUGCCUAUGGGAGAAACGAACUAACCAAUCGAGGAGAUGCAAAAAAGAUGGACAACCGAAGCGUUCUUCAUCCAACCCUCGUGUGCAUUAUCGGAAAUUUACCUGAGAAUAAGGUUCAGCCUAACAAAAGGAAAAAUAGCGAAAGUGGUAACUCCAUUACGACCUUCUGUACUUGGUUAUCAUCGCGGAACCACCUCUACAGGGGUGUCCAGGAUCCCUUAGAGAGAGAAAAAUUCAGAUCGAGAAAGGAGAAGUGGACAGAAAAUCCCUCAAAGGGAAAUAAUCAACUCCAUGCUAUGGUCGAAACACCAAAAAAAAAAGGUCUCUUUUGGCAUCUCUUCAAUCAUAAGGUAUGCACAAAUAACUUCUCUCAAGAUGCUUACGUUUUUUAUGGAGACCAAUUUGGUUACAUCCACGUAGUGCACCUCCAGAUCUACAAGAAGGUGCACUUCUUCCGGGCCUUCGACGUUCCCAUCCUGAAGGUGUUCGUAUGCAAAAAUCUGGUUACCAAGUUGCUUGUUCUGGCCGACGCGAGGCUGCGCAUCUACCUAGUCGAGUCGGCCCUCGAAAUAACGCUCAUCAAAGAAAUACAAAUAAAGCAUGACAUGCCCCCGAGCAAGUGCAUCUGUGAGGAUAAAAUAAAAGAACUAAAGGAAAAGAAAAAGAAGGAAGAUAAUGAGAACGACGGGGUUUCCAUAUUUAACUUGUCCUAUUUCCUCUCCUCCAAUUAUCCCAAAAAGCAGAGCAACACCCGAGGGGAAGACAACCACAACCACCACAACAACAACGUUAGCACGGGUCAUGUGGAUAUCAGUACCAUUAGAAGCAGCGCCAAUGCGGCGGAGAACCUUGCCGGGAGUGCCAGCCUCAGCGGGGUCGGAAGCGUCAGCAUCGCUGCAAAUGCCAGUAACAGCUUCUCUGGAAAGAAAAACCACCACCUCCUCCACGGAAACUACUCCAACACCCCGAAGGACUCUACCCAGAACCCAUCUCUCGCAGAUGCAAAAAGUGGCUCAUUAGCACCCCUCCCCAGUGAAGAAAAGGGAAAGGAAAAACCUACCUCCACUUUGAAGGAGAAUAACAGUACACCCCCUAAGGUGAGGAGAAGUAGCACGUCCUCGAGCUCUAUGAACCCAUUCAAAACGGUAAGUGACACUGAGGACGAGGCAGAUGCAAACAGUGAUAAGGAAGCUUACCAGAGCGUCAUUAUCGGUGGAAUCAAUUUUGGCUACCUCGGAUUCAAUUUCGCUAAAUUUAUGAAUAAUAAAAAAAAGACCACCAUCGUGGACGCCUACUUGUUGUCCAACUCCCACCUGGUGACUGUGUCAAGCAACGGCACGCUCACCCUCAUUAAAGUGUGA